UUAGCACGUCGGUAAUAUAAAGUUAAAAUUUGAGUCACUGGUGGUGCAUAUUAGCAGGAAAAAAAUAAAAAAACCAAACCCAAAACGCACGCAAAGAUUAUAAACCAGAACAACAGUUCACUGGUGCCGGGGGUGGCUCCAUUUUUCUGUGCCUUGGAAAGUGAAAGAUUAAAGGAAGUUUCGUUGAUUGGUGCGAUCUGGUGAAACCUAUUUUAUCGAUCUGUUUGGGGAGGGAAAGCAAAAAGGAAAGGAGAAGGGAUAUGGUGGGAUGAGGGAGUGGAAGAAGAAGGAAAAACGGAGAAGGAUAUGGCUAGAGAAGGCAGAGGAGCCAAAUGGGGUGGUUUUGGACUGGGUUCCGGUUCGGGUCAGUGCUCGUAUAAAAGAAUCACUCUGAUUGUUUGCUCCAUUAACAUUGUUAUUGCUCUCUAUGUUCUUCGUUCUCUCUAUUCUUCUCUCUACAUUUAUCCCAAUAAAGAUAACGUUGUAAAGUACACACCUGAUCAGAUUAGGAAAAUGGAAGAAUCAAUUAAGAUUCGAAGAGCCAGUGAACCUAUAGAACUUGUUAAAUUGGUAAAGCGAUUAAAGCAUGAAUUUUGGAGCGAAGAAUCAGUGGCUGAACUGCCAAUGGCAGUUAAGCAGAAGAUAACUGAUGAGAUCAUGCAAAGAUUGAGAAGCUUGAGACCAAAUGCCAAUAUCAGCGAGCAGCAAGAAGUAGUUGAAACCUGGCGCAAGGAGAAACUAACAGAAGCCAAAAAGUUGGCCCUUGGAGGAGAGGGGUUGAAUUCAACUCUUUUGCAAGAGGAAGCAGGGAUGUUAGUAAAAGUAUUGGAGUCCAAUCGGGCUGUGCUGUCAGAAGACAUUGGCCUUUGGAUACCCAGUGAAAUCAAUAAUCAAGAACAUGAUGAUAAGCCUGAGGGCAUGGAAGAUACUGAUGGGGAUGAAAUUUUAGCUGGGAGGGCUCUUCCCCCAGAAUGCCAUGCUGGACUUCAUACAGAUUAUGAUGGUGCUGCUGUUAGAUGGGGUCUUACCCACCACAAAGAAAGUGCAGCUGAUUGCUGCCAGGCUUGCUUAGAUCAAGCAAAAAAUGCAAAGCCAGGUGAAAAGAAAUGCAACAUAUGGGUUUAUUGUCCAUCUGAGACCGGUUGCUAUUCCCCAGAUAUAUAUGAACAUAAACACAUGGAGUGCUGGCUGAAAUCCUCAGACAAGCCGAGACUGAACUUUAAGGACAGAUAUUCUGAAGCAUAUAGAAACAGCCACCCGACAGCACCUGUUAUUGUUCCGUGGGUAUCUGGUGUUAUUAGUGCAUGACUGGAUUUUGAUCAACAAGACAGGAGGAUGGGCAAUCAAUUCGAGAUCUAGCUGACUCUAGUUCUACAGAAAUCUUUAUAAUGCCCCAUUUACAUCUGAUCAAAAAGUUUGGCCUUUCCUUAUUCUAAUAGUAAGUUGUCUCUUUAGUUUUGGAACUUAGGGGAAACUGGAGAAGGGGGGAAGCGGGCGUUCCACCCUGCUUUUGACAGCCAAAAUUUUUUUGUACCACGAAAGGGAUAUUGGGUGAACUCAGCGCUGGUAGAUUCUAAGAUCUGAAAAUACCAGUGCGGGCUUCUGAGGUUGAGGUUAUAGCAAAAGAGAUGAGAAGCUUUUCUUUGUAGUUUAAUUAAUUACAUUGUGAAAAAUGGAUCUCUUGUAAGGAGAAAUUGGUUGGAUUACAAUAAUGAUCUGCUGUGUAAUCGGAAUAUGGGAUGUGAAUUCUUUAGGACCUACUUUUUCCCAGGUUGGCCUCGGAAUAAUUCAGACUACUGCUGCUACUUAUUAUUUGAAAAAUUAUCAAAUAUCUUAACAACGUGUUUUUAGACUUCACUAAG